AUCUGCAGUAUUAAUCUGUAUAGCUUUCCACACACAACCACAACCACAACCACAUAUAUAUAUCCAUCAAUGGCUUCCUUGAGCAAUGUUAACGGUACUAAAACUCCAAGAGAGAAGUACCCAUACUCGACGGAGUUUGAUGUGCUGGACUUUGUCCCCAAAUUGCUGUCUGAAGGAAACUACGACAGUUGGAAGUCAUUGAUGCGGGACUUCAUUGACAGUCAAGGUUUGAUUGGUUUCAUUGAUGGCAGGGCUGCUGAUCAGCCGGAGCAAAGCGACCGAGAUGAUUAUAUGGCUUGGAAAAGAUCAUCAGACAAUCUUGUACGACGAUGGCUACUCGCAACCCUCAGCGAAGAGACCCGCCUACGAGUGCUGCGCUUCAAAACUGCCAAAGAUUUGUGGACUGAAUUGGAGAAAAUAUUUGAUGCAACCAGAACAUUAUGGCAACGUGACGAAGAAAGGAAGUAUGGGCAAGGCCACCAUCUAGCCUUGCAAAAAGCUGCAAUCAACGGGGAUUGGGACAAAGCCAGGGAAAUCAUAGAACGCGAACCAGAUGCUGUUAGGACUCCCAUCACCCCUCUCUCACAGACAGCGCUUAUUGUCGCCAUCCCGUCCCCAUCGGCGGGGAGAAGUCGCUUUGUGAGGGAGCUUUUGAAGAAGAUGACACCAGAGGAUGUUAAGCUAGUUGACUACCGGGGCAGGACGGCCCUCCACCGCGCUGCAACCGUUAACAACAUGGAAGGAGCCAAAAUGUUGGUCAGCAAAAACCCGGACCUUCCUAAUGUUUUUGACUCCCGGCGCAUGACGGCCCUCCACCGCGCUGCCUAUUAUGGGCUUAGAGAGAUGGUUAUUUACUUAAAGGAUGUCACUAGAGAAGACAUUCUAUUGGCGGAUGACGUGGGUCCUUCACUUCUGUGUCUUCUUACACGCGGUGAACUUUACGACAUUGCUUUAACUCUGCUUCAGAAAAAACCUGAGCUGGCAUGCAUGGCACCCAAUCCUUUUGAUAUAAUUGUCGAAAAGCAUUCUUCAUUCCCGAGUGGAAAUUCCUUCAACUUCUGGCAGCGUUUAAUCUAUCUGGGAGUUCCAAUGAAAUUAGAAGGCACUGCAAACCAUCAGAUUGAAGGAGGACGAAGAGGAGACAUUGAGAAUCCAGCCAAUUGUUGCAUCUCUGUGAGGCAAAGAUUGCAUUUUAUGAUUUGGAAAGUCGCUGAAAAACUUGUGCCACAUGUCCAACACAUCCGAAAAAAAAAAGAGAGACAACAUCAUGCACUAGAGUUUGUCAAAUUCCUCGGCAUGGAAGUUGCAAUAUCAAAUCUCUCAAAUGUGGAAAGGAUACUUAAACCAGCAGUGCGCAAAGCAGCAUGUUUUGGGAUAUCAGAAAUUAUUGAAGAGAUUAUAUUGGCAUUCCCUUUGGCGUUGUAUUUUAUGAAUCUAGACAAACUAAACAUCUUCAAAUAUGCAAUUCUACAUCGUCGUGAAUGUGUGUUUAACCUCAUAUAUCAAGUUGAUGCUGGUUGGAGAUAUAUAACUCAAGUGGAUUAUUCGUUGAACAAUGGUUUGCAUUUGGCUGCACGUUUCGGACGUGAGCAACAAAUCAAUCUCAAAGCUAAUGUUGCUGGUGCGGUUCUACAAAUGCAGCGAGAAGUCCAAUGGUUUAAGGAAGUGGAAAAAUUUGCAGCACCUGGUGACAAAGAAAAAAGGAAUACCGAUGGAAUGACGCCUGCUGAAGUAUUUUCUGACACACACCAAGAUUUGGUAAAGGCGGGGGAGCAAUGGAUGAAAGAUACAGCCACAUCAUGCACCACAGUUGCUACCCUUAUUGCCACUAUGGUUUUUGCAGCUGCCAUUACAGUACCAGGUGGAAACAACAGUAGUAAUGGCCAGCCAUUACUUUCGGAACGGAAAGCCUUCGCAAUUUUUGGCAUAUCUGACGCAUUGGCUCUAUUCUCAUGCAUCACUUAUGUGUUCAUGUUCUUGCCUAUCCUAACUUCUCGAUACGCAGAGGAAGAUUUCCUAUUUACCUUACCCACGAGGUUAAUUACUGGUCUCCUAGCCCUAUUUGUCUCCAUGUUAUCCACGUUGGUAGCCUUUGGUGCUAUAUUGUAUCUCGUGUUUGGAGAUAAUAAGGCAUGGAUCCUUAUCCCUAUUGUCGCACUGGCUAGCAUUCCUGUCACCUUGUUCGGAGCUUUGCAAUUUCCUCUCCUUGUAGCGAUGAUCAAAUCCACAUAUGGUCGAGGCAUUUUUGGCAAGCAAAGUGAUCGUGUGCUCCGAUAGGUCAAAUAUCAAAAUUUGGGAGUAUUGCAAACAUACUUGAGGUUAUUUGAUGUUAUUUCACUAUAUAGGAGUUGCUUUCUGAUGUUGUGCACCGCAAUGAGUAGGUAUCUUUCUUUGCUUGUCAUCUACGAUUGGAUUUAUAUGUACAUCUUUCAGUCCUUACCACCUGGGAUUGAAAACUAAUCUUCACCAAGUAACGAUUUAAGACUUCUCCUCAUGCUAAUUAAACCGGUUAUUUCUCAUCA